AGGUCAUGCGCGACGUCACCACCCAAACACGGAAAUAAACCUCGUUUCCACAUUUAAGUCACAACAGCUCUCAGUAAAUGCGCUUUAAAAUGAACACACGCGGCUGGCGUUAAAAUGCAGACGUGUGAACCUCAUCAGAGGCUCAUGUGGAGACAUGGAGAAGAUUCGAGAGCGAUUCAAGCAGAAGAAGUCCUCCUGUGAAUCAGCGAGACUGAGGAAGAGGAGCUCCAUUCUCUACAGCACAGAUGUCAGCAAGCCUCAAACACUCAAAUUCUUUGGCUUCAGCAUCACCGUGUUCACGGUCAUAUUCCGCCUGCUCGGCUGCGUUCUGGUCCAGACCAGCUUCGUCCCGGAUGAGUACUGGCAGUCGCUGGAGAUUCCCCAUCGAAUGGUCUUUGGUUACGGCUACGAGACGUGGGAAUGGAAGGAAGGCAUGCGGGGAUAUUCUUAUCCUCUCCUGUUCGCUCUGAUGUACAAACUCCUGCAUCUGAUGAACUAUGACACGGUUUAUUUAUUGGUGUUUGUGCCGCGUGUUUUCCAGGCGCUGCUGGCUGCAUAUGCCGACGUGAAGCUGUACAACCUCGUCCUGCGGUGGGAAACUCCAGAUGUGGCCAAAUGGACAUAUUUCUGUCAGCUGUGUUCAUGGUUCACCUGGUUCUGCUGCAGCCGGACUCUGACCAACACCAUGGAAACGGUUCUGACCAGCCUGGCGCUUUGCUCUUACCCUUUACCCGGCUCCAAAACGCACAACAGCUGGAAGUAUUUGUCUCUGGUGUCGCUGGCCAUCGUUGUCCGUCCCACAGCUCUGAUCGUCUGGCUUCCUCUGCUCUUCUAUCAUUUCUGCAUGGAAAAGCACAAGCUGAAGCUCAUCACACAGCGAUGCUUUCCCAUUGCGGCUCUUGCAUUGGGUGUCUCAACACUAAUAGACUCUGUGUUCUAUGGAAAGUGGAUCCUGGUCCAGUGGAACUUCCUGAAGUUUAACGUGCUGCACAAUGUGGCCGAGUUUUACGGAGCUCAUCCGUGGCACUGGUACUUCACUCAGGGUCUGCCGGUCGUGCUCGGCCCGCACCUUCCUCUCUUCCUGCACGGAUGUUCACUGGCUACCAAAAAGCACAGAAUCCUGCUGAUAACCGUCUUAUGGACUACAGCCAUUUACAGUUUGCUUGCACACAAGGAGUUCCGGUUUGUUUAUCCAGUGCUGCCAUUCUGUAUGAUAUUUAGCGGCAUGUCUUUAGCGAAGAUGCAAGCGUGGAGGAAACCUGCUGCUGCUGCGCUGCUGCUCUUCAAUCUGAUUCCUGCAUUAUACACGGGUUUAAUUCACCAGCGUGGAUCUCUGGACGUCAUGCAUGACCUGCAGCAACUGUGUGACGUCAGCGAGUCUCAGAACUCGCCUGAGCUGCUGUUCCUCAUGCCGUGUCACUCCACACCGCUCUACAGUCACCUGCACUGUCCCCUCAAACUGCGGUUCCUGGAGUGUCCACCAGAUCUCACGGGAAAUGAGGAGUAUGUGGAUGAAGCAGACGUGUUCUUCUCCAACCCUCUUCACUGGCUCAGAACGUCCUUCCCAUCUCAUUCCAAGCUGCCUUCACAUAUAGUGCUGUUCGACUGCCUGGAGAAGGAGAUUUCAUCAUUCCUGGAGGAAAACCGAUUUGCCAAAAAAGCUGAAAUAUUCCACACUCAUUUUCCUGAAGGUCGCGUGGGACGGAACAUAUUAAUAUACACGAGAGGAUCUGAACUGAAGACUAAAUAAAGUUACAUUUUUUGAAGCUGUA